AUGCAGGGUGGCAAAUAUGGUAGUCUUCUCUUCGUUGUAUGCAUGGCAAUUGGCGCUACCAUGGCCAUGGCCAUGGCCGAUGCCACCGCUGCCGCCGCUGCCGCCGCCGAGGGCGGCGAAAACAAAAGCAAAAGCAAAAUCAAAAGCAAAAACUCAAACGUCAACCUGACGACGAGCUCAAAGCUUCUGUCCCACUUUACCGGCGGCAGAGGCGCCACUCAGGGAGGACUUCCGGUGGUAGGGUUUAAUCUUUUGGAUCCUUUAGGGUUCGCGAAGCACAAUAGGGAUAUUGUUAAAGCCGCCAUUAAACUUCCCAGGCCCAAGGAUUAUAUCCUGUCGUUUAUGCGCGUGUCUUUGGAGCAGUUUAGGGGUUCGAUAAAUAACGUAGCGGAGAUGUCGAAACAGGCGGAGGAUUCGCUGAAUAAAAUGGCGGUGGAUGAUUGUAAGGAGCUGUUGAAUGACGCCAUUGAUGAGCUCCAGGAAUCGUUGUCGUCGGUCAACGAGUGUCCGAUCAAGUCUCUGAUGCAGAGAUUAGUUGAUCUCAAGAAUUGGCUUAGCGCCGUCCUCACUUACUCCAAUACUUGCAUGGAUGGGUUCACUAACCCUAAUCUUCAGACCUCCAUUCACAAAUUCCUUCAAGCUUCCACUAUGCACGCCGGCCAGGCCCUCUCCGUCGUCACCGUCAUCCCCCAGAUCCUCGCCGGCUUAAAUAUCCACGGCCACGGCCAAGGCCAAGGCCAAGCAAACAUGGCCGCCCAGGGCGGGGUAAACUUCGGAGGAAACGCCGGCGGCGGCGGCGGCGGCGGAGCACAGUACGGUCAAAACGGUGGCGGUGGCGGCGGCGCAGGACAGUACGCUCAAAACGUGGGAGGCGGCGGCGGCCAUUUCGGUCCACAUAUGGGUGGUGGCGGCCAUUUCGGUCCACACAUGGGUGGCGGCGGCGGCCAUUUCGGUCCGAUGGGUGGCGGCGGCGGCGGCGGUCACCACUUCCCGGUAUGGAUGCCGAGAGCCGACCGGAGAUUAUUAAAGUCAAGGCAGGGAGGAGGACGCGGAGGCGGCGGCGGAGAACUGCAACCAGACGCGGUGGUGGCGAAAGACGGCAGCGGACAAUUCACCUCCAUCACCGCAGCUCUGGCGGCGUAUAAACCCAAGAAGAAAGAUAAUUCAACGAGACACGUAAUCUACGUGAAAGCCGGGGUUUACAAGGAAGACGUCCUUAUCAAUAAGAAACAAACUAAUAUUUUCAUGUACGGAGAUGGGCCCCGCAGGACGGUUAUAACUGGCAAAAAGUGCUUCCGAGACGGCGUAUCCACGUUCCGAACCGCGCCUUUCUCGGUGGUCGGUAACGGCUUCAUCUGCAAAUCGAUGGGAUUCGAGAACACGGCGGGGCCGGACGGGCACCAGGCGGUGGCGCUGAGAGUACAAUCCGACAUGUCGGCGUUCUACAACUGCAGAAUGGACGGCUAUCAGGACACUCUAUACGCGCACACGCACCGUCAAUUCUACAGCAACUGCGUCAUCUCCGGCACGAUCGAUUUCAUCUUCGGCGACGCGGCGGCGGUCAUCCAGGACUGCACGAUCGUGGUGCGGAAGCCGAUGGACAACCAGAAGAACAUCGUGACGGCGCACGGGCGGACGCAUUUCGCGGAGCCGACGGGGCUGGUUCUCCAGAACUGCCGGAUCGUGGCGGAGGAAGCCCUGCUAGGGGCGAAGGCGAAGAUUAAAUCGUACCUGGGGAGGCCGUGGAAGCCGUACUCGAGAACGGUGAUAAUGGAGUCGACGAUCGGGGAUUUCAUCCAUCCGGAUGGGUGGAUGCCGUGGGCCGGAACCAUAGGGCUCGAUACUCUCUUCUAUGCGGAGUACAGGAACCGCGGCCCGGCGGCGGAUACGUCGAGGAGGGUGAAUUGGAAGGGGUACCACGUGCUCAGGCACUCCAAUGAAGCUAUGAAGUUCACCGUUGAUCCAUUUAUUCAAGGAAGCGAGUGGCUUCCGGCCACCGGAGCGCCAUUCUACGUCGGCUUCAAAGGCAAGUAACAAGCUAGCUAAGUUUCAUCGCUAGUAUAGACAGACUAUAGAAAUGUAGAGUAUAUAUAUAGAAAGUUCCAGCUUAAUUGUAUGAAUGAAUGUAUGUAUAAUGUAUGUUUCUCCGACCUCUGAGACGGCAGACAAUGAGUUGUCCGAUGUUGUUGAGAAGUGUUGUUUUUUGUUGUAAUAUAGUUUCCUGAAAUAAAAUCGACUGUGUAUUCUCAUGUAAA